AUGCAGCCUCGGUGGAUCGCCUGGAGCCGUCUUCUGCUAACCCUUGCCGUCUAUGUCCUAGGUUGUCAAGCCGCAUGGGUGCGAAAGUAUCCCUGUGACUCCUCACGGUCCAGUGUGUCGGGGGAGUCCCCAUUCUGGAUUGACAGUCUUCGCGGCUCCUUUGACACGUUCGAUGGCUCGACUUCCCUGUCGCUGUCAAUCCUCGGCGUCCACAAUGAAUCACAGUUUACGUGCAAUGACCUCAACCUCACCGGGCUUGACACGGAAUUGCGCUUUCAUGUGCUCGGAUUCCCCGUUGGUAAGGUCGAGCAUUUUCAGAGCCAAUGUCCCCUCACAAUUACUGAGGCGUUGACACCUCCCGAGGGAUUGCUUUUCUCGAAGUAUGUGUUUACGUACUCCUUCAGUAAUACGCACCGGCUCCAUACUCUUGCCACGGAGAUUCCUUUUAAAACCACUGACGGGUCCGAAAUCGAUUGCGCGGCGGUGAAGAUUACCCCAGACGUUGGGAAAGCUGCCGCUAUAGCCUUUACCUAUAUACCUGCCGCUGUGGUGGUCCUUGUCGGGAUCACUUCGUGGCUAAAACACCAUAAUGAGGCGGAGGUGAAGGUGGACUGCAGAGCUGCGUGGGCCAAUCAGGGCCCUAUAUGGGAGAUCAUCCUUGAUAUCACCGACUAUAUACGAUACCUCCAGUUCAUUUUUCUGGCCGGUUCACUUACCAUGGAAUAUCCAGGCUUCUACCAGCCAAUAGUAAGCCAGAUGGCCUGGUCCUCGUUGUUGUAUUGGACAGGCCCUAUUGACCAUGGCUUUACAUACACGGGAGUAGAGGAUGGUAUGUAUGUUAGCAAUGCAUCCUACGGGCUUGAGUACAUGGUACAGAUGCUUGGUUUUCCUCAAAUGCCGGAUGUCAUGCUCGAUGCAUUCAUCAAUAUGUUCAUCCUGGUUUCUGGUCUUAUUGUGAUUCUAGUGAUUUUAUGUCUGAUAACGUCAGGUUCGGGCUACUUGCCUUCGUUAACCGCAAUGCUUUGGCAGGGAGGUUAUGUCAUCCUAGGGGUGACUCUGUCAUUCUUCAGUGUCCCUCUUCUUUCCUACAUGUCAUACGAAUUGAUCCUGAUUGGAUAUCUUCCAAACUACCGCGUCACUUUGGUCGCUUUGGCAAUGGUUGCUAUCAUUUGCGCAAAUUAUCUGAUAUCUCGGUAUUUCAAACAAAUUGAUCUGAGCGAUACCUCAGAUGUCUCUAACCAAGACAGUCAAUCGACUGGUUCAAGCAAGCUGCUACACUAUUUGGAUUAUCUGCCGCAUGCUAUUCAGCUAGCACAGGGUAUUAUAAUCGGCGGGCUACAGGACUGGGGCCUUGCACAGCUACUUAUGCUUGUUGGGUGUGAAGUCAUUGUCAUGAUCCAUACGGCCAUACAGCAGCACGCCAGGUUCUUCAUAUCCAAGAACGCCUGGUGUGCUGCUGUUCGAUUUCUAUCUCUCUUGUUGAGCCUUACAUUCGUGUGUUCCUCGAAUGAGGCGAUAAAACAAUGGGUUGGCUAUGUAAUUUUGUGCCUUCAUGGUGCGGUAAUAAUCUUCGGUUUCCUCCUGAUCUCGCUGUGGAAGUUGUCCCGAAGUGCCUGGAACAGGGCUAGUGGAAAUAAUGACUUAUUCUCGGAGCACUUGAUUGUGAUGCCGCCUCUGAACCAUGGCAGCCGUUCCUUUCCUCUUGGAGACACCAGUGCCGUAUCCCAAGGGAAAAGCCUGAACAACAGUCUAGACAAGCGCAGUAUUGACAGCAUGGCCAGCUCCUACCGGUUGGGCUCAACUGGGCCAUCCCUUGAACACCCUGAGGAGAGCGACAACUCGGUCAUACCUUUCUCCCUAACGCCUCCUGUUGGUAGGCAUUAUGUCACGGACUUCUCCAGUUUCUAUAGAUCCCCGCGACGCCGGAAUGAACCCCUGCCAACCACAAUUGUGUGCGCCAGCCCUGCGUCAGACUCUGUUGGUUCGCCCGCAGGGUUGAGUUUGAGCGAGGAAUCAUACGAUGACUCUCGCCAGACUCUAACUUCUCUGGAUAUACUCGAUGAGCUGUUAGAAGUACCCAGCAGACCCGACAUAGAUUACUCUGUUAGAGAAUCAGACUUCUACUACGGUAGAUUGAAUAGCGACUCCACGUCGCCAUCAACACUACUUUCGUCAGGGAAUGUGGACGAAAAUAAACCCAGCCGACAGCCGUUGCGCCCCUGGACGCACAGAAUGGUGGCGCGGUUCAAAUAUCCCAAGCGAAAGGAGAAAGGGUUCCAGACACAAAAGCACUACGCUUUUGCCCAUGGGCGAUCCCACACCGCUGUCCAUGGAGCAGCUGACCGUGAUCGUCAACCAAGUUCUGGAUAUUGUCCUGCAGCUGCACCAAAAGUCCUGGUCUGGAGUAUCUGGACUGGUGCUAUCCCCCUCGACAUCAGAGACUGGGGCCUCUGUUCAAGCCAUCCCGGUCCUAUUCUCGAGGAAACCCUCUGGCUGGCCCUCGAUAUUGUGGCUUACUUUCCUCCGGGUGAGUCCGUCGCCUUGAUGGAUAUCACUGGCCCAUACAAGUCAUACACCGCAUAUAUCGUAGCGCUGAUCCGUGUUUACCAGCACGCCAUCCGUGUACAUCCCUCCUUGGAGGCCAUGCAGGACCUUCUCCCCCGCCUCGACGCCUGGGUCGAUGUCAUGCCGCAUUUCUCUGAACUCAAUGAUACGCACUAUGUCCUAGCACAUAAGGACCUCCAUAUUGCGAAUAUCAUGCACGAUGCGACUGCGGCAUGCGUGCAAUCUUUGAGGAGCGGUUCCAUGCCCGCGGCGUGGACCUAUUUCGGAGACGGAGCCUCACUCUUCUCUUCAGGAGAGUAUGCAAGAUGUGAUUGGAUACUUGCGGGCGACUGUUAA